AGCAGCGAAGCGCCGGCGUUUUCUACAUUUUUUAUUUCUUUUCACAAUAAAUAACUAGGCAAUUUUCACGUAUAGUACAUGAAAUAGAAUAAAAAUAAACUUCGUCACUAAAAGCGGUUCUAGAACGCUACAACGCUUGAGUAGAGAUCUGGACACAGGUGGCCGGAUCCCGUAGUCGUCGGCAAAUCUGUCAAUCCAACCCCUGGCACAACUUGUUGUGCUACUUUGAUGAAAAUACUACGUCGGCAGAGUUGCUGACAAGUGCCUACCGUAGUUAUGUUUGCGACCAAGUAGAUCAUCCGCGACAAGCACAAAACACCCACUUUUACAACCCUGGUGGUCUAGAAAAACAAAAAGUUUCUUUUCUAUUUGUUUUUGAAGAUUCUUAAUUACUUUUUCUGUUGAGUUUUUUUUUAUGACGGCGACGCGUCGAUCACGACAUUUGUUUCGCUUUCGUCCACACCUCCUGGUCAUAAAGCAUUGAGGUGGCAAGAAUCUCCAAAAGGCUCCGCGUCACGAACGACGGUUGGAGUUGAAGGUCUUGAUUCUCAUUCUCUAUCUUGUAGGUACAUACUUAAGUAGGUGUAAAUUUUUAGUAGGCUGCAACUUGCCUACUUCACAAGAAGAUAGUUGUAACCUCCCAGUAGCAGCGAAGAUAGAUUUCAAUAAUCAAAUAUUUCAUUCCAGACGAUCAGGGCAAUAUAAUAGCGAUGAUGUCGGCGGCGUCGGAGCAAAGGACGGCACCGCGACCUGCAGUCACUUGCUCGCAGCGACACCAGGGAUCGACCGACAACAACUCAUCUUUGAGAAGAAAACAGCGUCAACAACAAGCACCGGGGGCAUGUUCUAGUGCUACUUUGCGAGGAGGACGAGGAGGAAGGACAACCACAACCAUGUAUCUUAUGUAAAAACGUACCCACCCCAUAGUCAAGAUGGGGAAUCGGCUAGACAAAUCCACGAGCUUUGGCUGUUUCGCAUGACAAAUUUGGACGCGUAGUGUAGUACUGUUUGAGCUAUUUCAGCAGCAUUACAGAUCUAGUCUCUCAUGCUGAUUGGAGCAUGACAAAUUUCAAAACACCAUUAGAAAAUGCUUCUCAUCGGGCUCCGCAUGAGAAACAUUUUAAGCAUGCAGAUUUGCAUGACAACUAUGGUGUGGGUACGUUUUUACUCAGGAUACCAUGAGAGCUCUGUCCUCGGCUGCCGGUUUGCUAUGCAUUGCAAAUAUGUCUGGGUCUGGAAGAAUGCAAACUUGUGAUGCGCAUUUCACAACGCAUAAGAAUCUCUCAUGCAUAGGCAGCAAAAGCUGCCUACUUUCUGUCACCAAAAUCAGGCAUCUGUGAUGCAGAUUCGGCAUUGCGGAAGCUUCUCGAAACCUGUGAUGCUAGAGCUUCCAUGCCAGACCUUCUGUGUCAUGCAAAAGCAGCAUGACUCUUCACUUCCAGACCCAGACAUUUUUGCAUUUGAUAUUUGCUGAUCGGAUGCAAUUACGGUCCAGAACAAGUGUCGGCGCAAACGUUUACCUUCCAGAUGGGGGGAGGCGGUGGGGUAUCAAAUGUAAAAAUGUCUGGGUCUGGAAAGUUGGAACUUGUGAUGCUAACUUUAGACUCUAAAAAAAUCUGUAUUGCAUGACCAGCAAGAGGAGCCACAUUUGUGCUACGCGAGGAGGGCAUUUGUCAUGCGGAAAUGGCAUCAGGAAGCUUCCCAUAAAUCUGUGCUGCUGGGUCAUGCAUUACAAGCAUCAUGGAUCAUGCCAGACAAGCAUGACAAGCCUUCCAUUCUUCCAGACCCAGACAUUUUUACAUUUGAUAUGGGGGCCUCGGCGACAUUUUGGGCGCCAUGAUGGGCGGAGGAAGUGAGUUUUUUUUUGAAGACACAUCUACCCUGGUAGAGCCUUUUCGUGGAGUGACUGGAGGGAGUUUCCCCCCGUCCGUUUUUGUAUAUGGGCUGGCAGAUCCCUAGAAGCUAAUGCCUGGAGUUGUUGGUCUUCCACCCCUCUGAGUGGGGUCGGGGAAGGAGCCAACGCGGACGUAGUCCGCAGAUUUCGCUGGAUAGGUUGCUUUGUGAUGGAUUCACAUCGUUCUCGCGUUCUAAUGAAUGGUAGCUCAUGUGCUCAGAGUGCACCGCAGCGCCAUUCCGCCAUUGAGGGCGUUUCCCAGCGGGGAAGGGUGAUUUAGGAAGGUCGCGUUCUAAUGAAUGGUAGCUCAUGUGCUCAGAGUGCACCGCAGUGCCAUUCCGCCACUGAGGGCGUUUCCCAGCGGGGAAGGGUUAUUUAGGAAGUUUUCGCUUUAAUGGAUGGUAGCUCAUGUGCUCAGAGUGCACCGCAGUGCCAUUCCGCCACUGAGGGCGCUUCCCAGCGGGGAGGAUGGGUUUCAGGAUGGUUUUGCGGUUUUUACAACUAGUAAGUGGAUCAGGAGGUCGAUGUACCAAGAUGCCUACUCAUGGAUAUUUCUGUUUUUCGAGCCCGUGGGGAUAUGGGCUGUUCUUUGUUUUCGCUCCUCGUUAGGGCAGGAUGUUUCAUUCCGAGCUCUGGCCCUCAAGCUCGGGGUCCUAGAUGGGCUGGCUGGAGUUUGUUUUUGUUCGCGUUUCUAGGGAAUAUGCGGCAGUGCUGGGGAGCAUUAUGGUGCUGCUCAGGGUGCAAGGCGGGUUUUGCUCGCCCUUCGAUAUGUUGCGGGUUUUUCAGCUUACUAGCUACUACUCCGAGUAAGGGCAGGAGGCUCCGAAGCCUCGUUUGGGAAGCCCUGUCGGGGCCGGAUACCUCGCUGUGCUGGUUUUUUAGCGGAAGCCUCGUUUGGGAUGACCCGCUUGUCUUGUCGGGUCGGCUAGGCUAGGAUAGCUACCGGGGGUGGUCGAGAAGGCUUUUUGUGCUUUCCUGACGUUAGUCUGUUUAAUCUGCUACUCUUGGAUCGCAUGGGAUUUGAGUGCCACAGUGGGAGGCCAGCUUGGUGCUUGGCUGUUCUAGUCCGUCGCGUUAGCGCCAUUUUGGGCGCCAUUUUGGUUCUUGGAGCUUGGCGACAUUUUGGGCGCCAUGAUGGGCGGAGGAAGUGAGUUUUUUUUUGAAGACACAUGCGCGCCAAGCAAAAGAAACAGCGCCGGGGCGCAGCCGGCCGGCGUUGCGCCCCCUGGGCAUUGGCCCGGCGCGCGAGCAGUGUAUCCGGGCUGCGCGGGUGUCUGCGUUGUGUGGCCGCCGGUGUGUGCCCGCCCCCGCCCGCCGCCCUAGCAGGGCCGGCCGGGGCUUGGAAAGCGGAAGCGCGGAAGCCAGGCAGGCUCUUGUUCGCCCCUUUCGGUUUUUGUCGGUCCACCUCCGGCCGGCGCCGGACGUCGAGGUAGCCCGUCUGCCCGUGGCGCGUUGUUGGCAAGAUGGAAAACCCGGGCGCGCGGCCUCUUGGCCGGAUCUGCGAGUAGGGAUGCCCAUCAAGCGGAAUUGCGACUGGCCGCGAAGGGAGGGCUGGGGCCGGUCGGCCUUCUCCUGGUCCCCGGCCGGUGGGUUUCGGGAGGGGAACAGGCUAGCGGAGGGCAUCGGCAAGCAGCGGCAGGCGCAGAAGCUUGGCGCGCAUCCGCGCUGCCGUGGUUUUAUCGGGCCCUCCACAGAAAGUAAGGGGGUUCGGUUGAGGAGGCGCAGGGCCGACCGGGUGGGAUUUUGGCCAUAAAGCUUGCCGGGCGGAGUCGGCCCUCCGCGCGAGGGGGGGGCCGGCUCGGUAGCCCAGCGGCAAGGCCCUGGCGCAAAGUACUUGCCGGGCGCGGAGGGCGCCCGCCGGUUUAUACCGGAAAGGGCCGGGGUUGCGGUGUCUUUGGGGCCUGGCGCUUCUGGGGGGUAUACGAUUACCCAGCGACGACACCUCUCGCGGGGUGGGUGGGAGCAUAGUUUUCGGAGGGCGCCAUGAUGGGCGGAGGAAGUGAGUUUUUUUUGAAAGGGUUCAAUUUAUUAUGAAAGAAAUAGGAAAUCGAAAUGGAAGCGAUCCUCUGUGCAGCACGAAGAUCAUCUUGCAUGGUUGUUGUUUGUUUUCUUGUUCAACACCCGUUCAUUUUCAUUACUGUCUGUAUCAUCUGCAAAUAUUACAUGACUACAAAUAAAACAGUGCAAGCGCAGGGUCCCCGGGAACUCCCGUGGCCGGCAGGCGUGACGCAGAAGGUGGAUCCGUCGUUCGAGUGGCUUGUGAACACGGAGUGGGCGGUAUCCGCGUGCACAAGAAGAACUCCUCCUCGUCUAUUGCCGCGACAUUUGAUUUCAUGCAGGAGAACACGAUCCUAUUCUAAUCCUUGAAUUCAAUUUCAAGUUUGACUAUUCCCGCAUGACAAGCUCUUUGGUGAGGAUCUGAAACCGCGUAGCGCACAGCACCGGACGGCGCUAAGUAGUAAGUACAGAGGUAGAUGACCUCGAAGAUCUAAAUGGUUUGUCUUGCACAAAAAGCUGCUCCCAGCACGUGGUUCCAGCUGCUGAUGAAUGCUUCGGUUGCUGUAGAUCAUGCAAGAACGCAAAUUAUGGGGCGGGUCGGGGCAAUUAUUAUGACACGGGGUCUCGUUCUUGCGCAUCCUCAUAGGCGGGUAAGGCAGGCUCCUACAUUUUCAACCGCGACGGGGAGCUCGGGGGGACGGUAAAGUCCUGCGCUCGCCAGGAGGGGAUCUGUAAGUGGAGCGCCACGAAGACGCACGUCUACCUGAACACGCCCGACACGCAGAAGACGCCGGAGUCGGUGCUGAAAUUAGUUGUCCGAGGUACUUAUUUUUAGAAAAAACAGAUGUAUUGAUGGCGUUGGUUCUUCUCUAGUGGGGUUUUUGUUUCAUUUUUUCGAAGAAUAUUUAUGGAAUUUCGAUUUCAAAAAGCGACAUGAAAUAAAGCGAAUCUUCAGCAUGAGCAACUGCAACAGCAGCACCAGCAGCACACCAAGUUUUAGAUAGUACCAGGCCUCCAGAUGAAAAGGUAAAGAAGAAGAUGAUAGCUACAACACCUUCUAUCUUUCUAACUACAGGUUCCCAGGCGUACGAAAGCAAGAGUGCUGAGGCGAAAGCACGGCUGGACGCGCACAACGAGGAGGAGCUGAAGGCAACGAGAUUAGAGACCGCAAAAGCAGCCCGGGGAACCGGCAAGCCGAGUGUGAUCACUUUCGUCAAAAUCGCAGCAAGUGGCGAAGAGGACUCACGUAAUAUUGAUUGAUUUUUCUACCGUCGAAAUGAUGUUGUAAAGGAAUGAUGAGGUAAAGGUGUAUGUACAUCACGUAGAUUGUUGUAGAGUCAUAGAAUUUUUGCUAUAUUUUCUGUUAUGUGCUCAACCACGAUCGUUGGACCAACGAUUGGUUGAAAAGUGAUUCGCGAGAAGAGCAACGCUCGAGUUUUUGGUUAUAGAAACCCAACAUAUGCCUCACUUUGAAUCUUGUUUUUUCACACCUAUGAUCAAGGAUGCCGUGCCGGAACUCGUUCUUACAACGCCGCAUCUGCAGUAAAUUUUUGCGCAACGUAUGAAAUGAAUUAAUAAUUCAAAUUCCGUCUCUUCAACCUACUACAGUUUUAGCAGAGGAUGCCUUCGCGGUGCUCGACGUGACGGAGGAGUCAUCGCCGUCUGAAAUCAAGAAAUCCUAUCGCAUAUCAAAUGCAAAAGUGUCUGGGUCUGAAAAGGUUGAACUUGUAUUGCGUGUCCAGGACUCCCGAAAAAUUUGUAUUGCAUAAAAGCAACAAAAGCGCCACGAUGUCGUCAUGAAAGAGCGCAGUUUGCCAUGCGCAUUAAGCAUGAGAAAGCGUUUGAAAAAUUUGUCAUGUAACACUGCACUUAGAGGCGCACUCACUCAUGACCAUUCAGCAUUACAGGUUUGCAGACCCAGACAUAUUUGCAUUUCAUACCGCAAGAAGUCCGUGACACACCACCCAGACAAGGGAGGGGAUCCCGCCCUGUUUGAGAAGAUCCGUCAGGCGUACGAAAUUUUGUCCGAGCCAGAGAAGAAAGAGCAGUACAUUGCUGGCGGUGCACUACUGGUGAAAAAUGUGGAAACCUUCACGAAAGAAAUGGAAGGACAGGUAUAAAUAUUGACAGAAAACUUAUAACUGAUGGUAGAAGUAGAAGAUAGAAGGCGUGGUCGUGGGGGUUAACUACGCGCAGUAGAAGAUCUUCACGGUUAAGGAUCAAAAGAGUCUUCAGAUGUCCUGCUUGUGCGGGGCAAUAAAAGCUCCGACUGACAGUCAGACGCUUACUUGCAUUGUAAGAUGCGGUAUUAACCAUAACCGCAAGGAGAUAAAUGAGGCGAAAUGGACACCACGCGACCAUGAAGAUGCUUUCACUUUAAUAAUGUACAUCAGGUCGCGCAGCAAAUGGCGCAGCUGGACCAGCAGAUUCCGAAGAACCACCCCAUGCGGGCCCAAGCCGAAGCGCAGAUCAAGGCGCAGCAGCCCAACAAGGCGCAAAUGAAGCAGCAGGUCGAGCAGCGCUUGCGACAGGAGGAUGUCUCCGUAGACGUCCCCGUGUCCCUGGAGGAACUUUUUGCCGGAACGGAAUCGGUAUACCGUAUUUUUGAUAUAGUGACCACAAUGUGCUACUAGGUACAGUAGGAUUGACAGUGACAGGCUCAGGCUUGUUUUGUACAGGACAGUAAAUAAACUGAUAGCUUCUUGCACAUCCAGAAAGAAAUUUCGGGCCGCAUCAAGAUGCGUGGCGUUCUCUUUCAAGCACAAAUCGCGGAUGAAACAAAUCAAAUCAGAAAUCCUACUCCUUCCCCCGUCUAACAAUUUGCCGGGGCUGCCGCGCCAAUCCCAGCAGUAUGCGAGAGAAAAAGUUAGCAUGGCUGCAUAUUUGCAAAAAUACGAAAAAUAUUCGUUCCACAAAGAACCUCUCCAGCAGCAGUACUAUGAUGCGAAACAGUUGUAUGCUAUGAGCUCGUGGUCGCGCAUGGCAGCUUUUCUUGAGUUUCCUGUGUCUUUUCGUUUGCAUGAUAAAAUGCAAUGAAAAUAAGAAUGCGACAUCAAUAUCAUGCUAGUUACUUGUUCUCUCUGAUACCGAGCGAGCAAUGCAAGGAAUGCGGACGCUGCCCCCCGGAGGUGCGGCAGAUCCCCAAAAUGCAGGGCCCCUUCAUGGUCGGCUCCAAGACGGUAGAAGUAGAUACGCAUUGCAAAUAUCGAUCUGGGUCUGGUUCAAGGACGCAAGAAGUUUGUCAUGCUUGUUGCGCGUGACUCUUGAAUCUGUACAAUGCGACGUGACCAGGAAAAUAAAUGCCUAAGAGGCAGCCUCUUGCCUGUCAUGCAAGAGUGCAGUUUUCCAUGCGGAAAUCGAAGAACCACAAAGGAGCCCAGAAGCUUGUGAAGAUGCGUGGUUCCGGAUAAUUGCAGUGUCCUCCCACGACCAUUCACAAACUAGGAUCACAAGUCUCCAGACCCAGGUCGAUAUUUGCAAUGCAUAGUGGAAUCCCGCGAACGGUGUCGCGAGCAGCCGGUCGAGAUCCGAAAUCUGCGGGUCACUGCUAACGCUGCCGACGGGACCAAGAUGCGGUCCAUGCGGGGCAUGAGCCAUCAGACGCCCGGUCGCUUGCCCGGCAACGUGCGCUUUGUCGUCAAGAGGGAACCCCACGACACGUAUUUUCUUUUUUCAGAGGCGCAAAUAUGAUUUCUUUUGACAAGCUGAUCCAGGAUUGGAUUUGGAAGGAGGUUGGAACCAGCCAUGCAUGACAGACUUACAAGAAUUGGAUGCACAGCUGCAAGUGUCUGAAUCGAUGACAAAUUCGCAGAUAUUUUUCAAUGGACGAUGAUCUCUACACGGUGCUGACCAUUUCCCUCUCACAAGCCUUGUACGGGUUCCAAGGAAAGUGGCGCGUAUUGAAAGACCACGAGUACGUCUUCAUCGACAAGGCGGGCAAAACCACGCAACCAAACGAAAUCAUGCGAAUCAAGGGGAAAGGUUUCAAGGAAUUUUUUAUUUUCAUUCUCUUGUGUAUACCAUUUCCAUUACCAUGAUAUGUGCUCUUGUAGACGUCCCAUUAUAUUAACCCAUGAUCAGAGCAGCGCUUUGACACUAAGGCCCAUAAUUCUUCCAUUGACAAUUAGCGUGAGCGUGACUGCAUGAAGAUACGAAGAUGUUUGACACCAAAUCGAGGUAUGUACAAUGCGUACGGGGUAUUGAAAGGAAAAACUCCCCCUCCCCAUAUCGAAACGGGAUUUCUGAUGCUGGAUUUGUGUACACGAAUCAGCUUUGUAUUGCGGGAAGGCAUUCCGGCUAGAUCCCCAGCCUAGGUAGGGGUGUAUCGGUCUAGUUGCUCAGCAUCGCAAACGGCUCCCCUUUAGGCCCAACAACAUGACAAAUCGCGUCCAUAAUGGGGGCGAAGCUUCUGGCCUUGUCUUCUUGCAAGACAGAUGUGAUUUGUGACCUCAAAUCAGCAGCGCAAACUUCCGGAAACAUGCCUUUUCGAUGUGGGGAGGGGGGAUUUUUCCUUUCGAUACGGGGGGCGUGGCGACUUGGUGGUGCGGUUCAAUGUGGAAUUUCCCGAGUCCGGAGCCAAUGUGAAGCUCGAGAAACCGAAUGAGAUCGAAGUGCUGAAUACGCCGCAGCUAAAGGCCGAGAUGGACCUGAUCAAGCAUGACGAGAAACUCUACAAAGCCUGGGUGGAGACGGUGCCGGGGAAGAAGAAACGCAGCAAGAAGGGGGGCAGAAAGGAGGAGCUCUAG